GGGCAACAGACACCACUACAACCCUGCCAGCUCUCUCCGUGUCCCUAUCCCUGCACCAGUGAUUCCCAACCAGUGUGCUUACCCUGGGAUGCUUCCAUCCCAGCAGGAGAGCAACAGUGUACCGUGGGUAUGGGCACAACACCAGGGGCUCUGGAGGUGGCACUGCCUGCAGCUGCCCACACCACACUCUGUAGUGUGCCCAGAGAGCCUUUCCCAUGCACCAUGGAGUCACUGUCCUCAGUAUGGAAAGUGCCUCAAAUGGCCCAUGCCAGCGAGAGGAUGGGCAUUGUGCUCACAGCCUCUUGGCUUUCAGCAGGUGCUGCCAGAAAGACCUGGAAGCUAGUCAAGGUAGGCAAAGUUGUGGGCAUGCUGAUGGCGAUGGCAGGAUGAUUCCUAAAGUGGAAAAUCAAAAAUUCCUAAAGCCUUCUGGCUUACCCAGACAUACUUAGCACUGCUGAGCUCAGGGUCACUCUGCUCAGCCAUGUGCCUUAGCAUCAGCUCGGUAGAGUGAGGCACUGAGCAGCCUGGCUGUGCUGCGGGGCUGUUGGGGAGCAGAACCCAGGCUCUGUGCCUGCAGGGGCACAGACCAGCUUGCAGCAAUGGGCACAAAGGUGCUGUGCCACUGCUGGAGAGUCAGCACAGUGUGGAGGGAGCUGGAGGGACUCUGAUCGCAUGAAAGCACCCUCUCAGGCUCUGUCUGGCCCCAUUCCCCUAAGACCCAGCAAGCUCCUGCCUCUUUAAAACCUGAUUGAGUCCAUGCCUUUAAAAUGAGCCUGGGCAGGGCCCUCCUACCCUGUAGGAGGAGGCUGAGCCAGGAGCAGGUGGGCUGAGUGAGCUGGUUCUCCCACCCACUCCCCUACCCCAGCACCUUUACAACCCCCAUAGCCAGGCUCUGUUGGACUAGCUUUGUUCCUGGUCUGGGUUUUAGUGUGUAACUUGUACCCUUUUUUGCAUACAGAAUCCCCCCCCACCUUUCUGUUCCUGUGCCAAGCUGAAGCAGCUGGUGUGGUUGUCCUGUUUUGAUAGUAGCUGGAAGCACCCUGGGAUCCUUUUGCUGGUGCCUACUGUCAGCUCUGCCUCUCAAGCGGGGAGAAGCACGACUUCAGGUUCUCCCUAAUUCUUCUGCUGGCCAUCCCCACCUUCUCCCACUUACGUGCUCCCUCCCCAAACACACACUCACCUAUUGUGGCUAUGCCCUACCCUUUCACCAGCCUCCUCCUCCUCCUUGUUGUGCCCCUUUCCCAGGCUGCAAACCAGUCCUCACUGCCCCUUGGCUCCCUGCCUGCUGUCCCUACCCUGCCCCUCCUGCAGGCCCUGCAAAUGCGGGCUCCAGGCAGCCCAGGCUGGCAAGUGGGGCCAGUAAGUGGGCAGCCCCUGCGCUACAUGCUGAAUCUGUACCGGCGUGCUGCUGACCGCGAAGGCCGACCUCGCCGCAGCCGCAGCUUGGGCACCAACACCAUCCGCCUGGUCCAGGCCAGUUCCCAUGGGGGUCAGCCCUGGGCAGGUCGCUGGUACUUGCAGGUCCUCACCUACCAUCUGGAGGGCCAGCCAGAGGCCGAGCACCUCCUCAGAGCCACUGUGGUCUACCUGCCCAGUCUGUCACUGGCCCAUGGUCGUCUCCUCUGUGCUCUGGAGCUGGUGGUGGCUGGCAAGGCGCCCAGGGUGCUGCUCAGCCCUAUUGCCCGUCCUCGUCAUGGCUGGGCCGAAGUUGACAUCACCCCUUACCUGGCGCUGGGGAACAGCAGCGUGGGGAGCCUGGCACUGCAGCAUGUCUGUGUGCGUGCUGGCCGAGCAGGAGGCCAUGAUGCCCCGGUGGCCCCUGACCACCCUUUCCUCCUUCUCUACUUUAACGAUACCCAGGCAGGGUUGGCACCUCCGGCAGCAGAGCCCCACCGACACCGACGUGAUACAGGGAUGUUGGCUCGUGACCUGCCCAACUACCUGUGGGAGCAGGGAGGGGAGAAGAGUGACUGUUCCCUCCGCUCCUUCCCUGUCAGUUUUGCACAGCUAGGCUGGGACCACUGGAUCAUUGCUCCUCACCGCUACAACCCGCGCUACUGCAAAGGCACCUGUCCCCACCUGCUUCGCUAUGACUACCAUGCACCCAACCAUGCUGUGGUGCAGAGCUUUGUUCAUCAGCUUGUGGACACCAAUGUGCCCCGGCCCUCCUGUGUGCCCUACCGCUACAGCCCCAUCAGUGUCCUCAUGAUUGAGCGCAGUGGAGCCAUACUGUACAAGGAGUACGAGAAUAUGAUUGCAGAGUCCUGCACUUGCCGGUAAUUUCCACCAGCACAGCACCCCUGGACUCUGCCUCUUCCUGCAGAUCUGGACUUUAGGGUUUAUCUUGCUCUGUCUGGGGCUCACUUGGUUCAUCUCCCCUCCCCAUGCAGUGCUGCUCAGUGGGGAGGUUUUACAAUGACAAUUUUAUGUAAAUUGUGGAUUUUUAAAAGCAGGAACCUGUGCUGGGGUGGUUGCCCCAUGGCAUCUGUCCUUCCUGCAGCCCCCAUGGCUGCUGCCUGGUUUUGGUGGCCAGGGGGGCUCGGCCUGUUGCUCUCAGAGAUGAGCUGUGUCCCUAAACUGGAGUACAAAGCUCUUAGGAGGUGGCUGGGAGUCUCCUGGUGGAGCCAGGUCAGGGAGGGUAAGAAGUCCAGGUGUCUCUGUGCUUUACACGUGACACAUUGGUGGUGUCAGGAUCUGAUGUGACCCUGCCUGUGGGUCACAGCUGUGGCAUUCCUUCCCAACUCACAUGCACCCCAUCCCUAUCUAGUCUCAGCUGCAGAGGCAUCUCACCAGGCUUAGAAUUUGGGCUAGAGGGAGGAAGCCUCUCUCCUCCCCUGCAGUUCUACUCUGGAAAGGCUAUGAAAAACUGGAGGGACCUGAGCUGCCAUCUCUGCUUCCAGUGCUAGAGGCCAAGGCAGCUGCCUGUGCUAGGCUCUGCCUGCUGCUUCCUGUGACACACUUGUUCUUCAGCUCCUUGACUUGCCCUCUAGCAGGGCUCAGGUCUUGUUCUAUCCCAGAGGUUGACUCCCAUUGCAGGUGUCUCUCUACCUUCUUGCACUCUUGCUGUCACACAGGCCUUGGGCUCUGCUGGCCUUCUGGCAUGUCCCUGUUCCCAGAAGGGUCAGUCCUGCUCUCAGCACCCCUGCUGCCUGACUUUUCUCUAUUUAUUGCUUGAUUGUGAAUAAAUGAAUUGAUUGAUUUUGCUAAAGAC